AUGUUUGUCUAUGAAGGCAGGCUUGAUUGGGGCAGUUCAGCUCGCGAUGAGACAGCUGUCAUUGUUUUACCUUCUGGCGCCAUGCGUGCAGGAGACCUCGUCUUCAUCCUGUCCCAAUGGACCCGCGAUUCCGGGGGAAACAAGAAGGCUCCCUUGUCCCAAAAAAUAACAAUCGACAAGGUCACCAAGACCGCCAACGGCAAUGACACCUUUACCGUCAAACCAGGCUACUACAGAUGGAACAUGACCUCUCGUAACAACUACGAUAAACUUGAUUUUGUCUUAUCUACAGACGCUACUACAUCUAAGAGCAAAAUGGAGUUUCAGCGCGUCUGGAAGCCUACAAACUCACAAUCAAAAGAGACCGGCAAGAUUUGGGUCAGUAAACUCAACUGGCCCGUCAUGGCAGAUAAUGAAUUUUGUUUGUUCAUUGCUCCUGAAGGGUUUGGCGAAGGGAAGCCUUUCCUCGUAAUGUGGCAGUGGUCUUAUGAUAAAGAUCUAAAAGAAAGAGUACCAAUCUUCCGGGUUGGGAAACAGAGCAUUGGCUCUCUUGACAACAAAUCUGCCUUGUUUACUUGUCAACUGGACGCGGACUACUUGGUUACCUGUGCCUGGGAAAAUAAAACUGAUGUCCUUAAUGUCUUCAUGAAAGGACCCGAAGGCGAGCAGGAGAUAGGCGCGUUUAAGUUAUUCGCAAAUACCAAGCCUCACGACGAGGCUCCAGAUUGCAAAGACGAAGUUGCGGAGCUGGAGAAAAAGAUCAAAGAGUUGACUGAUGAUCUCGAUGCUGAGAAAGCAAAGUCUGCCAGCUUGACGGAACAGCUUGCUCAAGGCCAAGCUGCCUGCCAAGCUGAGAAGACGCAGAAAGACAAUGAGAUUACGAGGUUGACAGCCAAUAUCUCACAGCUAGAGAGGGAUAAGGCGGUUCUUCAGACUAAACUUGACCAAGCUCUUCGCAACGAGGGCGACCGAGGCCAGAAAGAUGCAAAGAUCGCUGAACAGGCUGCUCGCAUCAGCGACCUAGAGAAUAAGCUUCGAAACCGUCCUGAGCUCUUGUUCCGAUGUGAAUUCAGGAGCAGGAUAACACACGGCUACGGGAAUGAUGCGCAGUGGUUGCUCCAAGUGACUAAUGCAGGAUAUCCCGUCAACAAACCUCCUGUUUCAAUCAGCUCCGAAUGGGAAAUUUAUGCUGUUGACGGCUCCAAUGAUGCCGUAAUCCUUGUGAACUCGGGUACCGGCCAUAAUCUUUGGUCCAAGGGACAUCAGCAUAAUGCCCAAGCUACGCACCACGACCUUUCAGACCCCGCAGCGCAUUGGGUUCUAGAAGGCACAAGAAGAGAUCACCCAAGAAUGAACGAUAUAAUCAAGAUUCGUAAUGUGAAGGAUGGUACAUAUCUUGAUGUAAAGAACGGACGUGCUGCCGAUGAAAAUGCUGUUAUUACACAUAUUGGUAAUAAUGGAGCGAGCCAGAAGUUUGAGAUCUUCCUGGGUUGGCAGGAAUAG